AUGGUAGCAUUUAAAGGAAUGUGUUUAAAGCGACAAUGGACUAACGCUUGUCCAUUAACUGAAAACUGAAUCUUUUUGUCAUUUUUUUAGCAAAUACGCUUAUUUACAGGUGAUUUUUUCCAAAGCAGAUAAUUAACUUUAUUAGUUUUGUUACGGCAUCACACAAACCAUCAGAUCAGACUGGAUGCAGAGACUAUGCAUUUCAUGGACACUUGAGUCUCUCUGCAGAACACAUCUAGGACAAGUCUGCAGUCUUCAUCCUCACAAGAGAUUAUCGUUUUGGAAAUAUCCCUUCCAGAAUUUAAAACUCUUGUUCCGGUCCAAGGACUCAUUCCCUUGGAACAGCCAACAUUGCAGCCAAGCACCCCCAAAACACAAACUCUCCUUAGACUUUCAUUUAAAGGUUUUGUGGCAUCAAUAUUUCACUGACCAGCCAAAUAUGGCAGAACAGAGAUUCUGUGUGGAGUAUGCCAAACGUGGCACAGCUGGAUGUAAGAAAUGUAAGGAUAAAAUUGCAAAGGGCUUUGUCCGCAUCGGAAAGAUUGUGCCAAACCCGUUCAGCGAGUCUGCUGGGGAGAUGAAGGAGUGGUACCACAUGAAAUGUAUCUUUGAGAAGCUAGAGAGGGCGCGGGCCACCACAAAGAAGAUUGAGGACAUCACAGACUUGGAGGGCUGGGAGGAGCUGCAGGAUGAGGACAAGGAGCUGAUCAACAAGCAAGUCUCAGAGUUAAUGGCCAAGGCUAACACCAGCCCAAAGAAGAAGGUGCAAACCAAACUGAACACCAGUGGUCAGUUAUCAUCUCCACCAGCAGACCCUUCCAUUAAUGCCCCACGGAAAUUCUCAGGCUUUACAGCUACAAAGGCUGGGAGUUCAAGCAGUCCGGGACCCUCUUCAGCCCAACCCAGCCAGGGCAGUGCCUUGUCCGCCCAGUUGUGUGACCUCACGCACAAAGACUGCCUGCUCAGAGAGUUCCGGAAGCUCUGUGCCAUGGUGGCAGACAAGAACAGCUACAAUGUCAAGACUUCAAUCAUCCAGGAUUUCCUGAGGAAAGGCUCUGGGGGAGAUAAGUUUAGGGGGGACCUGUACUUGACGGUGAAGCUCCUUCUCCCAGGGGUGGUGAAGAGUGUGUACAACCUCAACGACAAACAGAUUGUAAAGCUCUUCAGCCGUAUCUUCAACUGCAACCAUGAUGACAUGGUGCGAGAUCUGGAACAGGGGGAUGUGUCUGAGACGGUGAGGAUGUUUUUUGAGGAGAGCAAGUCUUUCCCACCGGCUGCCAAGAGUCUUUUGACCAUCCAGCAGGUAGACUCCUCAUUGACCCGCCUGGCUGAGUUAACGAAAGAGGAUGAGCAGCAGAAAGAAUUGGAAGACAUCUCUAGAAAGUGUACAAGCAACGACUUAAAAUGUAUCAUACGCCUCAUAAAGCAUGAUUUGAAGAUGAACUCUGGAGCAAAGCAUGUCUUGGAUGCAGUGGACCCUAAUGCCUACGAUGCUUUCAAGGCCUCCCGUAACCUGGGAGACGUGGUGGAGCGCGUGUUAAGGAACCAGCAGGAGGCUUCCAACGGCUCGGGCCCCAAGAAGCUCCUGACUGUGGAGGCUUCACUGAUGACCCCAGUGCAGCCCAUGCUGGCAGAGGCAUGCAAGUCCAUAGAGCAAGCCAUGAAAAAGUGUCCAAAUGGCAUGUUCUCGGAAAUUAAGUAUGACGGUGAGCGUGUGCAGGUCCACAAAAACGGAGACCACUUCAGCUACUUCAGUCGCAGUCUCAAGCCAGUCCUUCCACACAAGGUGGCCCAUUUUAAAGAGUUCAUCCCCCAAGCGUUUGUAGGUGGCCACAGUAUGAUCCUGGAUGCCGAGGUCCUCCUCAUUGACACAAACACGAGCAAACCACUGCCUUUUGGGACUCUGGGAGUACACAAGAAAGCAGCCUUCCAAGAUGCCAAAGUGUGCUUGUUUGUGUUUGACUGCAUCUAUUUCAACGGUGUGAGCCUGAUGGAGAGGCCAUUGAACGAACGAAGGAAAUUCCUAAAUGACAACAUGGUGGAAGUCCCUAACAGAAUUCUGUUCUCUGAAAUGAAACACGUCACCAGGGCAGCGGAUCUGGCAGAGAUGAUCACACGGGUCAUCAGAGAGGGACUGGAGGGGCUUGUCCUCAAAGACAUCAAGGGAACCUAUGAGCCAGGCAAGCGCCACUGGCUGAAGGUGAAGAAGGACUACCUGAACGAGGGGGCCAUGGCUGACACCGCUGACCUGGUCGUUUUGGGUGCAUUCUAUGGGAAAGGUUCAAAUGGUGGGAUUAUGUCCAGUUUCCUAAUGGGCUGCCAUGACCCUGAUUCCAAGAAAUGGUGCACUGUCACUAAGUGCUCCGGAGGAUACGAUGAUGCCACUCUGGCUAGGCUCCAGAAAGAGCUGGACGUGAUCAAAAUCAGUAAGGAGCCCAGCAAAAUCCCUGGUUGGUUGAAAAUCAUCAAGAACUAUUAUCCCGAUUUCAUUAUACGGGAUCCUGAGACAGCACCAGUGUGGGAGAUCACUGGGGCGGAAUUCUCAAAGUCAGAGAUGCACACCGCCGACGGCAUCUCCAUCCGUUUCCCUCGCUGUACCCGCAUUCGAGAUGACAAAGACUGGAAGACCGCCACCAACCUCCACCAGCUCAGAGAGCUGUACCGUAUCUCCAAGGAAAAUUGUGACUUUGAGGUGACAGCUGGAACUUCCAAAGCCAACGAUGAUAAGAGUUCCUCUGGGGGCGACAGCAGGAGCGGUUCCCCGCCUUCCACUUCCCAUAGACCUCCCAGCAAGCCCAGCAAGAACAGUGCUCCCAAAGCAAAGGCAGUGAAGAAAGAGCCUCCUUCUCCUGCUGCAAAGAGGAAAAUGCCUGCCGAGGAGCCAAGUGCCAAGAAGGCCAAGAAAACAGAAACUCUGCAUAGCAACGGACAAAGCAAGCCGAAGGUUGAAUCUCAGUUAGUAGAACCUAGGAACGACAAGACUUUACUAGACAUCUUCAGCGGGGUAAAACUCUUCCUGCCUGAAUCGAUUCCGGACUACGAGAAGCUGCGGCGCUACUUUGUAGCAUACGACGGAGAUCUGGUGGCGGAGUACGACGCCGCCUUGGCCACACACACCCUGGCAGAUCCAGAGGCCGGCCAGGCCCAGAGGGUCACUUCUGACUGGAUCUGGGAGUGUAUCCGCAAGAGAAGAGUUGUCCCUCCCUGCUGAUAAGACACACCAGCGUACCUCUCCUUCCCUUCAGCCCUGCUUUUUAACAUGCUGCAUUAGUGCUUUACUAAAAGCCAAUGUAUAUCUCAGUGUUCAACUUCUGAACCACUGAGAAUACACACAGUACAACGCUAAACCUUGUGACUUUGGUUGAAUGAUUGAUUGUGAUGGACACUGAAUCAUGUUUCUUCGUAUUCUUUUUUUUUUUUGCAACCUGGGGAAAGGUUUGCGUCUCUGCAAGUUGUGUGUCCAUGGUGGCACCAGUUUUUUUUUCUCUUUUAUUCAAGCAAUGGAAUAAUGUAGAAGUACUACUUUUUCCUAUUAGGGUGAGUUUGUAAAUUGUUUAGCGAGCUUUAGUAGUUUUUGUAACAUCAAUACACCAUUUAAGCUUUGGUUUAACUCAUGAAUGACAAGGAUAUGAAACAAUUUUAUUUUACAUGUGCAGAAUAUGUUGAUGAAUUUAACACAUUGCCAUUUUUAUGGUUUGCAAAGCCAAUGAUUUUCCCAAGGGAAAAGCUAAAUGGAUUGGUUUGCAAAGUUAAGGAACAGCCUUGAAUUGAAACAAUGUUUUAAGGUGCUAAUAAAAGGCUUGAAUAUUCUGUUAAAUCA